UAUUUUUUUCCUUCUUCUCGCUCUAGCAGCUCUCUUCCUAUAGCUAUAUUAUUUCUAUUUCUCUCCAUAAUAUAAUCUCCUUCCCUUUCUCUCCCAAAAAAAUUUUACCUUUGUUACUGUUUUAACUAUCAUCUCUGUUAUGCCAAGAAAAUUAACAAGAAUUUAACUUUCACUUACACAAUACCGUCUCUCUUACUCAAAGUUUAUAGCCACGUAUAUAUAUAAACUGGAUAAAGUUUUUCAUCCAGAAAUCGAGUUCUCAGCUUUUAUUAAUUUAUAUAUAUUUGUAUAUCCUUUUUAAUUACUAUCAGAAUACUAAUUUGUUGUUUUUUUUAUUAAAUUUAAUAAAUAACUAUUUCGAGAAUGGGGUUUCUUCUUGAUAUAUGCUGCUUUUGAAUGCGUGCCUUAAGUAACAGCUAUGAAGGCCGUUUGUUGCCUUUUGCUUUAGUAGUCAAGACUCUCAAAACAAAGGAGGUGUGUGGGUGUGGGUGUGUUUCUGUGAGAGAAAAGCCUUAUGCUUCAGGAAAACCAACUGUUUUUUUUUUAAUCCCUAUCCUGCUCUCUCUUUCUCUCUCUAUCUUUCCCUUUCUCUCACAUGAGCCGCUUAUAUGCGCUACUUAAAUUAGCAAAGGCUUAAAGGUGGGUGUCUAGGCUUGAGGGUAGCUUUUCCUUUUUCUCCCUGGCUUCAGUUAAAGUUAGAGACUGGAGAGAGAGAUUUCUGGUGUUUUCCAUGGUUAAAGUAGGUUUUAUAGCUCAAUCCUACUGUGACAGUUUCCUCUUUUCCUGCUCCUUGUUCUAGCUUCUCUCUUCUACCCCUUGCACAAGUUUUUUCUUUCUUUCUUUCUUUCUUUACUGUGUAUGUUUUUUUUAGCAGUUUUGGUCCUAUUUCUCAUCUGGGUGUUGCUUGAUUUUGUUGGUUGAGCUUAGCUUUGUACAUGUGUAAAUUACAUAUUUAUACAUAUCCAUGGUUCUUUGUAUUUGAUUUCUUGUUUUCUUGUUUGAAUAAUCUCUAAAGUGUUUGAAGCUUUCUUUCUUUGAUACCCGUCUCAAAAAACACCCAAAAAACCAUAUAUUUCAUGCAUAUUUUGGUUUCAAGUCAUCAAAGGCCUAAUCAAAUAUACCCAUAUCAAUCUGCUGUGUCCUCUCUUAGUUCACAUGUCAUCAGAUCUCAAAUUCAUGAUUUCUGGUAUAUAUAGAUAGCCAACGGGGAUAUGAGUUGGGGGCUACUCUAUAAAGUUGAUAAUUUCAUAGAAGAUUUCAAGAGUUCGCGAGAAAGAAGAUAGCAUCAGCUGCAGCGAUGAGUAAGAGUAAUUUGGGAUCCAUCAGCAGCUCUGAUCUCAUUGAUGCAAAGCUUGAAGAGCAUCAGCUGUGUGGAUCCAAGCAGUGCCCGGGUUGUGGACACAAGCUUGAAGGAAAGCCGGAUUGGUUAGGUCUACCAGCAGGAGUGAAAUUUGAUCCAACAGACCAGGAACUGAUAGAACACCUUGAAGCAAAGGUAGAAGCCAAAGACAUGAAGUCUCAUCCUUUGAUAGAUGAGUUCAUCCCAACUAUUGAAGGAGAAGAUGGGAUUUGUUAUACCCAUCCUGAGAAACUUCCAGGAGUUACAAGAGAUGGCUUGAGCAGGCAUUUCUUCCAUAGACCAUCCAAGGCUUACACAACUGGAACAAGAAAGAGAAGAAAAAUUCAAACCGAAUGUGAUUUGCAAGGAGGAGAGACAAGGUGGCAUAAAACGGGCAAGACAAGGCCAGUUAUGGUGAAUGGCAAACAAAAAGGGUGCAAGAAGAUCCUAGUCCUCUAUACAAAUUUUGGGAAAAAUCGAAAACCGGAAAAGACAAAUUGGGUCAUGCACCAAUACCACCUUGGUCAGCAUGAGGAAGAGAAAGAAGGAGAACUUGUGGUUUCAAAGAUCUUUUAUCAAACACAGCCAAGGCAAUGCAAUUGGACUGAUAGGACUGCUACUACUGGUGAAGGAAGCAGUGAUCCCAAUAGCAGAAGAGACAGUGGUAGUGGGAGCUGCUCUUCAAAAGAAAUAAUUCCACAGAGAGAUGAAAUAACUGGAGCUGGGGUUGCUGCUGCACUAUCAACUUACUGUGCCAUGGAUAUCCAACAGUUAAAAUCUGAUCAUUUUGGGUUUCCCCCAUUCGGGAAAAGCUUUGAUGAGGUGGUGAUAGGAGAGGCUUCAACGGCAAGGGAAGCCCCAGUGUCGGGCACAUGUGAUGAGAUUCGAGAGCACCAUCAAAGGCCGCAUCAUAUGGCCCAUGAUCAUCAUCAACAACAGCCGCAACACCACCAUGUACACCAUCAGAUUGCUACCACAGCCUUCCAAAUCAGCAGGCCUUCACAUCCCAUCUCCGCUAUCAUCUCUCCGCCACCCCUCCAUCACGCAUCCAUCAUUCUUGAAGAGGAUCCCUAUCAUGUCUCCAGAUUAAUGCUUCAAAACGAAAUCCAGCAUCAGCACCAACAACAGCAACAGCAGCAGCAGCAUCAUAAACUGGGAGGAAGGUCUACAUCUGGUCUAGAAGAACUCAUUAUGGGUUGCACCUCGACUGAUAUUAAAGAAGAGUCAUCCAUUGCAAACCCACAAGAGGCUGAAUGGUUGAAGUACUCCUCCUUCUGGCCAGACUCUGACAGCCAGGAUCAUCAUGGGUAGGAGCAAAAAUAAUAGAGAAUAAACAUAAACCCUACAGACAACAUCAUUAUCAUCAUCAAUAGUACUUGAAGCCUACCAUAAGUUUUUCUCAAGAAGAGGCCAAGAAACCAUCUAUAUGGUUUGCUCUUUUUCCUUCUUUUUUCUUGGGGGGACCUGCCAAAGGUUCCAAUGGCUUUCAACUGAACUAACCGUACAACAGUCCAUGUUGGAAAGAAAGAAGAAAGAACAAAAGGAAAAAGAAAGAAAGAAAGAAAACCAAAGAAAAAGAAACCAAGAAAGGCUGCUCUCUACUGACAGUAGAAGAAGAACCAAGGACCAAAGCAAAAUCUUAGUGCAUGAAAAUCAUCACCAUUAUGAUUACAAUAUCAUCUUUAUGGCUAUAUUUUUAUUAUUUUAUUAUUUUAAGACAUCUGGAUAAGUUCUUUUGUUGUUCUUUGAAAAGAAAAAUACCAUGUAGUUUGUGCAAAUUGCAGGAAAGAAAAAACUUUGUUAAUUUCUUAUGUUUAGUCAUUUGUAGUAAAAUAUACGAAUAGGAAUUUAUGUGAUUUCUCUUUUUGGAAACGAAAAUGUGCUAUACAGAAUUGUUUA